AUGAGAGCAAAGUUCAGAGAGACCCGCGGUGCGGAAAGCGGCUUUAAGUCUCUUCAUGUGUUUCUUGCUAAUGUGGAGACGUAAAGGACUACUGCGUCUGAUAAACGUGGGCUGCUUGGUGGUGGUGGUGGUGAAUAACGGGAGGCCUGCGUGGCUUUUUCUCCUGGCUGGAGUUGAUUGUGUGCUGGAGCAGCUGGAUCAGGUGUCACCGGCAGACAAGAAAGAUGCAUUUCAGAAAGCUCUGACAAGUGGUGAUGUGUCGCUUAUUGAAGAACUCUUAAACUCAGGUAUAGACAUAGAAGCUAACAUUCAGUUUGGAUGGACUCCCCUGAUGCAUGCUGCCAGUGUGGCUGAUUAUGCAGUAGUACGUCUUCUUCUGGACAGAGGUGCUAAUGCAUGUUUUGAAAUAGAUAAGUACACGGUGCUGAUGGCAGCAUGUGCUGCUCAUGCUUCAGAGAAAAAGAUCCUGAAGACCGUAGAACUACUUCUGUCGAGGAAUGUUGACCCUAACCUUACUUGCAGGAAGCAAAUGACACCACUGAUGUAUGCAGCUAGAAAAGGCUAUUCUCAUGUUGUUAGUCUUCUUGUUGCUCAUGGAUCGCACGUAAAUGCUCAAGAUGAAAAUGGAUAUUCAGCAUUAAUAUGGGCAGCACACCAUGGACAUAAAAAUGUAGUUUUAAUGUUGCUUGAGCUUGGGGCUGACAAAAAUCUACAGACGAAGGAUAAGAAAACAGCAGCAGAGAUAGCAAAAAUUAAUGAACAUUCAGAGAUUUAUAGUUUACUCUCUUUGGCUGUAAAUCACUUGCAAGGGAAAUACUGUGGGACAACGAAGCAAGAGACUGUGUACAAAUUUCUGACAGCUGCCUCAGACCACAGUGUUAGUUCCUGUUCAACUUUGGAUGCCAUGGAAGUGUUUUUACAUGGUAUUGGUCUAGAACACAUAAUAGGAUUAUUGAAGGACAAAGAUGUAUAUUUAUGGCAGCUCCUGACCAUGGAAAAAGAAGAGAUGAUACAGAUAGGUAUUACAAAUCCUGUAGAUCAGCAGAAACUCCUAGAUGCCAUUAAAGAGCUGCAAGUGGAAGAAACGAGAUUUAGAGACCUUCCUGAAGUAGCAAAUCUGGAAGUCAGUGGAGAUGAAUGCCUCAAGUUUCUUCAGAAGUUAAAUAAGGAGUGUAGUAACCUGACUGUUCCUGUGCAGACCAUAAAUAAACAUUUCCUCGAAAAUUCUCACAAGAUGGUACUGCAGUGGGCACCAACUGAAAGAUAUGUUGAAGUUUGCAAAGACUUGAUUUGCAAUGUUGAAAAGUUGGGAGAAGAAGUUAAGAGACUGAACGAACUCGUGGCAAAGGAGGAGCAGAGGAGUGACUUCAGCCUAGUGGUGUUCCCACAAAAAUCACGCACCUUGGAAAAAAGAUUAGUAAAAAUGGGAGCUAUAACGUUGCUUGGGUUUGGUUUUUUCAUUUUUGUAACUAAGUUAGCAGUAAAGAAAAGCUGACUCUUUCAGUGCUGUCAGUAACUUGAUUACAUUAUGCUCAGUGUGUGUAGCAGAGCUGAAUUCAUGUGAAAAUGUGUGUAGUUUCAUCAUAUCUGUCACAUUUACCUUCAGUACCUGUUUUGAUUUAGCUUUAAUAAAAUGAUUAAACUUAAAAUCUGAUUAAUGUAUCCUAAUGUUUUAGAUUCAAAGUUAUUUCUGGUAUAGACUGUAGGUACAAAACUUAUCAAAGCUGGGCUUUCUUCUGCCCUGAAAUUAUAAUUAUUACUUAACGAUCACUAGUUUCUGUUUUAACUGUUGUUGUUGUAACAACUGUUACCUGUUCAGCUGUUGUUCACAUAGGUAAAUGUAUGCAAGCAAUACUGUUGUUUAUCUUGGAUGCUUGUAUUUAAAGUGGCAAUGCAGGCGUUUUGCUUUGAUUCUUUCUUUUAAACAGCAAGUAACGUGUGAUUUUUAUGUUGAUGAAGUUCUUUCCUCGGGUACAGAUUCUUAUGAAAAACUUUAUGGUGAGAUGUAUUUGUCACAGCCACAGGACUGCGGAUAUCUUGUCUUCAAGUCAUUUCCUGCUGAACUGUGCUAUUCACAUUAUGCCUGAGAUACAUUUCCUCAGGUGUAUCAUAUCAGUAGUUUUAUCACUAAAAGGAUUGUAAGGACACUAAAAGGAUUUAUAGCAGUGGUUUGCUAUAGAAGUGCAGGCAGCUUAGAAGGAAUAUUAGUGUUUCUUCUUGAUCUGGACUUUCACUACAGGAGCUUCAUGUUAAUUUUCCUCUUAAGGUUUUCAUCACCUCGAGGUGUUUGUAAUUCUGCAGCAAAACUUUAAUAUCUGUUUUUACAGCCAGUUACCACACCGAGUGUGUUGCAAAGAAAGGGGAAUUGGUUUAAGUAAUCAAAAUCACAUUUCUGUAGACUUCAGUGAAUGCCUGUAGAAGCGCUGCAUGUUUGUGAUGGGAUGUUCUUCUGUCAAAACAGAAGCAGUCUGAAAAACCAUUACUAGACUCGGUGGGUGUGCCACGCUUUAGUGUGCUCUCUUCUCAGAAAUGUGUGCAGUCAUAAUCUUGGAUACUCCCUCUGGAGAACAGUAAUAAGAAGAUAAAAACCGAGCGCUGCUCCAGGCAGUUAUUGCUGUCACAGUUGUUUUCUGCUUUUGAUUUGAGAAAAAUACCUUGGGCAUUAGUAUGUUUCCUCGCUCUUGUAAUUGUGUUACAUGUCAGAAGCUUGUUCUCACUGUCUUUGCAAGGGGUAGGUUAUGCAAGUGGAAUUAUUUCAGCCACUCAGGUGGUGUGUGUGGUACAGCCCUUGGAGACGAGCUUUGGUAUUCCUCACUUCUCCACUUCGGUGAAGAUUUGCAAGUAGCUGCCACUCCAGAGAUGCAUUUCCUACCACUGUGCCGUUCCUACCAAGAUGUGCCAUCUUGCCGUUGGAGGCAGUAAUGAAAAUUAAGGUUUUUUUCCCCCACAAAUCUGAAAAAAUUGUAUUUAGACCUUUGAUGCUGAUCUUGCAGGUUGUGCACUUGAAUGGGAAAGCUGCUCCAGAAAGUAGAUUUAUCAGCAUCUAACUGAAUUACAAUAAUGUGAAUGAUGUCGUCAGUGUAAAUUUACCUAUGCAGGGGCAAAGGAGGGAGAGAAGAAUGCAUAAUACUCACUGAUAAAUAUUUUCUAGUUUGAGAGUUGCAAUAAAAUAUUCUGUGCAGAAAUGA